AUGAUAACAUGUUCUGGACGCCGCAGGUGCGAGCAUUUUGAUGAACAUGCUCACAGGAGGCUUCUUACUCCAGCCCACAGACAUAUCCAACUCAGACGCAGUCGACGCAUGGACUGUCGAUUCCUUUCCCGUGGCAUGAACAAAGUCUGGCGUGGCUACGCCACUUAUGUAUCCUUCGCAGAUCUUAGUGACGAUGCUGCUGGUAGUAAAUGCGCCGCCGACACAAUCAGCCCCAAAUCCUCCAAAUACUGCGCAGACGGCGAUGUCUACUACCUCAACAACUUUGAUCGCAACAGCGGUCACUUAAACAAGCGUUACGGCUAUGACAGUCUCGUCGACCAAGGUAUCACCCCCGCGAACAUCACCAAAGCUUCGGCCUAG